CAGCAAGGCUUUGUGUCUUAAAGGCAAACGAGCGGAACCGAUUGGUGAGAUAUGCGAACGAGACCGAUUGAUAAAUUAUAAGAUAUGCAAGACGUAUCGAAGCAGAAUGUUAUUCGAGAAGAAACAAUGGAAAAGGUUGAAGUCGAAAACAAAGUAAUAAAUUUUGCUGAAGAGUCAGAUAGCUCGGAAUUAUCGAUGGAAAAAUUAUCGAUAAAAAAAUUGGAAGAAAAAGAGAGACAAGAGGAAAUUGAGAAGAAAAAACAAAAAAACCUGUCAAUUUGCGAAGAAAUACAAGUGGAAAAUAUGUCUGAUUCAGAAUUGGCGACUGUGACGAGAAACGCAUCGCCGAUACUAGAAGAUAAAAUGCCAAUGUCAGGAGUUGCCACGAACAAAACGAACAGGCAAGCAAAAUCGGAUGAACUCAAGGCAGAGACGCUAACCAUUGUGGACGAAGAUGGACGUCGCGAGACUAGUCAUGUCGGUGUUGGUGAGUGGAAUUCAUUGCCGAUAUUGAUAGAACGUCUGCGCGAGGCACUCGAGCUGUCCCUAGCGGCAGGCUGCUGGUGCAGUGACGAGUCAACGCCGACAUCGUCGUUAACCGAAUCCAAUGCCGGCGUCGAAGUUAACGAUCAACUUCAUACGUGCUGUUCUAUGGGACAAGCAGUACUCGUUUGUAACGACGACAAUCCUAAGUCAAAAAAGAACGAGCUCAAGUUCCUGGAAGAUUUAUUGCUAACGGACAUCCAAAUGGCUUUGUCACGUCUACGCGGGACGCUGGAAUGUACGGAUGUUGCAACGCUCGCCAAACAUGGCGGAGUAUCAGAUCCUACGAGUAAAUUAUACCUUCUACGACUGGUAUCUAGUCUAUUGUCGCGAUUGCAGGUGCCGCAAAAAGAGGCAAUGACGGCCGACGAGAACAAACUGAUCGACAUUGCAAUAGCACAAGUUGGUACAUCAACCAUGUAUAAAAGACGCCCUAUCAGGCAUACAAUUGGCGUCUCCACUGAGGAGAUCGCGUACGCGCGGAAACAGCUGGAGGAAAACAGUGCAAAUCUAGUGUGGUUGAAUAAAAUAUCGGCUUCACGACCACGAGAAACAUUGUACGUAUCUGCAUCGAAUAACGUAUCGAGCAAUGCGCCAAAUAGCAUGUCGAAUGACAUGCUGAAUACCGAAAAACAUAUAGAGGAAAUUUGCGACAAAUGCACGAAAGAUGCAAUUAAUCAACGUCAGUCUUUACGUGAUAAAAACAAAGAAUUCCGCGGAGGUAUUGGUUCAUAUCAGCCGAUAACAUUCGAAAUCGGUGAAUCGAAUACACUUCCGGAUCGACAUUGUAGCAGCACGGAUAGCGAGGAAAUCACAAUUAAAAGAACGAAUGAAGAACAAAGCCGUGUGUCAAAACUCGCGGCGGUACUCCGGCAACGUGCGGAACAGGUUAGUGCAAGCAACGUCAUCAAUAAUAAGUUCGCUACAAAAAAGUCCAAAAUCAAGCGCGCUAAUACCGUCGAUAUACCGAGUUAUUUGAAGCUGCAGGCCGGCAGUUUUGGUUGCGACAAUUCGGGUUGUGUACAACUACGACGUCCCAUUAAUGUAGGUGACAAGGUUGCAUCGAAUACGAUUAAAAAUGUCACUAUGCCGUCGUUCCAUCCGCGAACGGAGAAUGAUAAGAAGUUUCUGGCGCUAAUCAAUAGAAAUACCGAAGUACAAACAACACCUAACGCUGCACCUGCCUUCAAGUCCUUUAGCUAUACUAAGACAACUGGUACAUUAUCAGUGGCAAACGAAAACUGGAACAGUCGAUUCUCUAAUAUCAAAACCGCUUUUAAUAAACCGAUAUCCGUAAACGACGAGAAUAAGAUCUCUCCUAAAUCAUGUCCUGCGAAAUGUUUUCCGAACGCACUCCAAACUCCGUCUUGGCUAACGAACAUAAGGACAUUGGACGACAGUAUUGGUAACUCAAGUAAUGGCUUAUCGUUUAUCAAUACAAACGCAUCGAAACCGAACAUGGGUUUCAGGCAUGCACCCUCAUCACUGUUUCAGAAAAUUGACAAGUCACAUAGCCCGAUAUUAUCUCCAAAUUAUCAUUGUGUCAAAGGCAGUACAUUAUCAAUUGGAAAAACCUACACGACGGUAGUACCUACUCUACACGAGAAAGCUAGAAUUAUGUGUGAUCGAAAUAGCAAUGUUCAGUCUCAGUCUACCACAUUUAAGAUCUACGCAAAUGAGAAUUCCCAGAAACCUUUCUUUUCUCGACCACCAUGGAUGGAACACGAUAGAAACGAAAAGAAACCGAAAAAGAUGCUAGCUGAAAACGGGCGACUCGAUUAUCGUUUUUUUUGCAAGCAAUUUGCUCCUUUUAUAAAUAAAAAUACUGUCACGAAGCCUAAGAUAUCGCAAAAUGUUGAGGAACAAUAUAAGCGAAACGAACACUCGAUACAGCGCGAGGUCUUUCUUCCAUCUGACGAGAAGAUGACUACAACAGAUGAAAAAGUAACCUUUGAGAUGUCUGCAAAGAAAGAGUCACGAAUUCAACAGCAUCACAAGUCGAAUUAUUCAUGUCAUAAGAUCGAGGAACCGGUUCGUGACAAGUUUGAUCUUCGGAGUGAGAAAGAUGUUUCCGAAUCAAUGCGUAAUCGACAAUAUAGCGAGCAAGAUCUAUUAGGAAAUAUAGUUGAUGUGACACACAAUAAUAGCUCGACCAUUGAGACGAGUGAAAACAAUAAUAACCAAUCGAAAGAAAUGCACGUAUUUCAAGUGGUUUCUAGAGUUUUGAAAAAUUUUUCACCCGCCUGUAAUGACACAUCUGUACAAAUUUAUAACCAGCCGGAACAACCAGUUACAGAUUAUGUAGAAUCUAAAAAAGAGUGGAUGACUCCUCAUUACAAAUGCAAUGAAACUAAUUCAAUGUUAAACUCGAAUUUUCAUCCCGCAAAAGAUCCGAGAAACUUUGUUCUAGAUUACAAUUGUAAUUAUCAUACAGUGGCGACGAAAAAUGAAAAUUCAAUAAGUGAACAUCCGUGCGAUCUUAUCGAGAAGCAAUCCUCUGUUCACAUACUAAAUCCAUCAGAAAUUAUGCCUUAUCAAAAUAUUUCCGAUUACCAUGCAUCGGAACAGCACGAGCAAGUUUUCCAAACUGAUAAUUUUCCAUACGGAAACAACUUGUCAUCUAUGUUAGCAACUAACAAUCAAUCGCAAAUAUAUCCAAAUUAUCCUUUGGACGUUAAAUCUAAUGGAAAUCUAUUCGAAAGUGAAAUAUCGAAUGUACCACAAGAGAUUGAUAAACAAGAUCAUUCUGUUUCAUGUAUAAACAACGGUAGUCCGUCGGAGGAACAGAGGAUCCAAAAUCAAGACAUAAGCGUAGAUGCCAGAGUUGUAACUCGAUAUACCUGCGCAAUAGGAACCGUCGCAUCGGCUGAUACUUCGGAGAUACGAUUGGACGAAAUGAGACCGGAAUUUAGAGUCCCGUCCUCUUCGUCGACUUCGCAUUUCCGACCAUAUGCCAGAGAAACCAGCAACGAGAUUACCACAACUGAGAAAGAGAUACAUCGGCACAAUAUACUACAGCAGAACUUAGUACGUCGACUGCAAAACGAACGUACAAUGCUGAAUAAUCAAUACGCGCAUGUCUCCAAGCAGUCUAGCAGUUUUAACCAGUCGUCUAAGUUUCAGUCGUCUGAUACGCCGAAAUUGGAACUACCGCUUAUUAGCAAUCUCCUGUCGAUACCAUCGAUAUCGAAAUCGGGAUUUGGUGCAAAUCGCGUCACUGUUCUUAAGAAACAAUACGAGCAACCAAGCAAUCAAUUGAAACCUAUUCAAAAAGAACGUUCGCCAGUGCUGAACGAUGUGAAUGGCGUGAUGGACUCUAGUGAUAAAUAUCUAGUGUCUUGCUGCAACAAAUCGGCUAAAUCUGUGGUUCUGUCUAAGUCUGAAUCAUGGCAUCAGUUGGCAUUGUCUAACAGUCAUCAUCCUCUGCCGCAUUCAAUGCAAGGUGGGUUACCACCAAUGUCAUCAUAUCUGCCGAAACUACGAAAACCGAAAUCGCCGUCGUUCUUUCGAACGAAGAAGCAAUAUGAGGCGUCUUUGUCCUCUGACAGUGUGAAGAGGAUGGAAGACAAGAUACGCAGAUAUUUCGACAAUUCGAACGAUAACACGGACGCAAAAAACCCCAAGAAAAAAGAUUUCUCGUCUCAUGACGUAACAAGAAAAAGUUUGGUUGGCCUUUCCAGGAGUCGUACUAUGCCAGGAAUAUACCAUGAAAAGCUGCAUUUGUUGAUUCCGACUGAAUCGCAUAUUCCUGCGACGAACCUUAAUAGCGCUGAUGUCGACAAAGUUUUUGACGACAUUUUUGAAGAGGCUACCAGAACCGACGAUCAUCGUUUCUAAUCGAUCGGUUUCUCGAUUUCUUCGUGUGCGUUAUAAAUUCACAUUAUGAAUUCGCGGCACGCGCUAGAAACUGCUUGUAAUAAAAGUGGUAUUCCCUUCCCUCAUCUGAAACUUCUAAUAUUUCUUUUUAAAAUUACACGAACACAGCAUAUUGCAGUGGUAGAUGUUACGAUGGAAAAUUGUUUUGUACAAUCAUCGGUAAUCUCAAUGCAGAUAUGCUUGUUGCAUAAAAAUCAA